GCACGGUGGCGGAUCGUUCACCUUCUGAUUCAUCUGAGUUUAGGGAUGUUGGUCCACAGGACGCCCUGUGCCGUCUUGCUGGUGGUGCAAUGUCUACGAAGUUUGCCCACUGCGAUCUCCGUCCAGCUGCACGUGAACACCGACAUGAUGACCAACAUGACCACCCCUUCUUAUCCUGCGGAGCCGUAUUGCUAUAACGUCAACGGCAUCUGUUUCCUCUGGGCUUCUCCGUGCUCUGGUGUAGUUUGGUGCUCCGAACUCAAUGCCCUUUCUACUUAUGACUGGUUCUGCCCUUGGGGGUUGCGCUACGCCACCCAGUCUGAGUGGGACGCUGCAUACGCCACUCUGGACUCCAACAGAGACACGUUCUUCCAGAAAUGCGCAGCCAGUCAGCUGGACCCGCGGCACGACCACUGCGACUACUACAACACCUUCGUGCGGGAGCCGGACAACUCAUACAACGAGCUGGUCCUGGUGUGCCCCCCUGCGGGCACCGCGACGCCCAGCCCGACGCCCAGCCCGACCGUGGCGCCAGGCUCGGCGACGGCCAGCCCGACGCCCAGCCCGACGUUCGAUCCGACGGCGGGUGGAACUGGUGCUUAUCCUGCGGAGCCGUAUUGCUACAACGUCAACGGCAUCUGUUUCCUCUGGGCUUCUCCGUGCUCUGGUGUAGUUUGGUGCUCCGAACUCAAUGCCCUUUCUACUUAUGACUGGUUCUGCCCUUGGGGGUUGCGCUACGCCACCCAGUCUGAGUGGGACGCUGCAUACGCCACUCUGGACUCCAACAGAGACACGUUCUUCCAGAAAUGCGCAGCCAGUCAGCUGGACCCGCGGCACGACCACUGCGACUACUACAACACCUUCGUGCGGGAGCCGGACAACUCAUACAACGAGCUGGUCCUGGUGUGCCCCCCUGCGGGCACCGCGACGCCCAGCCCGACGCCCAGCCCGACCGUGGCGCCAGGCUCGGUGACGGCCAGCCCGACGCCCAGCCCGACGGCCGGCCCGCUUCCGUCGGGUGGAACUGGUGGGCCCGGACAGGUGGACCCGUCUGGCAAAGGCGAUCCCCACCUGCAGAACGUCCAUGGUCAGCGGUUCGACUUGAUGAAGCCAGGCCAGCACGUCUUGAUAAAUAUCCCUCGUGGGCAGCGCGCUGACAGAGCAUUGCUUCGCGUGCAGGCCUAUGCGCGCCAACUGGGUGGGUGCGCGGAUAUGUACUUCCAAGAACUGAAUGUUACCGGGUCUUGGGCAGAGUUCCAGCAAGCUGGAGGAUACCGCUACACCGUAUUGGAACCUGCUCCUAAGACAUCGGAAUGGCUUGCCUUUGAACAGGUUGAGCUGAAAGUCGUUCAUGGACAGACGAAGCGUGGCCUCAAGUAUUUGAAUUUCUACGUCAAGCAUUUGAGCCGAACUUCGUUUUCGGUCGGAGGCCUGCUGGGAGAGGACGACCACACGGCAGUGACGAUUCCUACGGCAGAGUGUUCCCGGCGUGUUGCACUCAUUCAGAUGCCAAAGGGAGCGCCAGGUGGCCGCAGCGACUCCUCCGUUGCGGUAGCCAGCCCUUAG